CAAACUUCUAAAAAAUUACUUGUCAAAAUUAAUAGGUUAAGUCUAACCUAUACACGUGCUAUUUUUUCUCAUUCAAGCAACAAAAAAUGGCAAAGCUGAAGCUUAAAAAGCCGUCUAAGCGGCAACCUGCGCGCCAGCGUUACAAAAUCCAGAAAAAAAUCCGUCAACACAACCGCAAAGUCCGAAAAGAAGCAAAAAAGAACCCCAAAAAGCACAAACAAUCCGUUAUCCAAGUCCCCAACAUCUGCCCAUUUAAGGAAGAUAUCCUCAAAGAAGUGGAAGCAAUGAAGAAGCAAAAAGAAGAAGAGCGUCAAAAACAACGCGAACAAGCGAAAAUUGAGCGCGAAAAACGCAAAAACGAGGAAAAAUCUGCUGGUUUAGAGACUCUUGUUGCAAACGCGGAAAUGCGUGGCAAAAUCCACGAGAAUUUCACUCCCCUUACAUCCGAAAAAACGCUUGAAACCAACCAGGAAAACUCCCUCAAAGCUUACUACAAAGAGUUCAAGAAAGUGAUAGAAGCCGCUGACGUGAUUUUGGAAGUUGUGGACGCCCGAGACCCCUUGGGGACCCGCUGCACUCAAGUGGAGCAAACAGUCAAGUCAAUGAAAGGCAACAAAAGACUUGUCCUAAUUUUGAACAAAUCUGAUUUAGUCCCUCGCAAAAUUUUGGACCAGUGGCUCAAAUACCUCAAAAAAACGACCCCCGCAAUCGCCUUUAAAGCCUCAACUCAGGACCAGUCUCGCAAACUGGGGCAGAAGAAAUUCACAAAGGCUGAAAAGACCGCUCAAGGGGCCACUUGCGUGGGGGCUGAAGUCUUAAUGUCACUCCUCGCCAACUACUGUCGCAACAAGGGCAUCAAAACGUCGAUCACGGUCGGGGUUGUGGGGCUCCCCAACGUGGGCAAAAGCUCGAUUAUCAACAGCUUGAAACGGUCGCGUGCUUGCAACGUGGGGGCCACUCCCGGAGUGACCAAAGCCAUGCAAGAGGUGCAACUCGACUCGAAAAUCAAGCUCCUGGACUCCCCGGGGAUUGUCUUCGCGGCUGGAAACGACAGUGGGGCUUCGCUACGCAACGCGGUCAAGGUUUCAAGCCUCGCGGACCCCAUUACCCCCGCCAACGCGAUUUUACAAAGGGUGACGAAGCAACAAAUGAUGGAAAUGUACGACGUGACGGAAUACAGCACCCCGGAUGAAUUUUACAGUUUGAAAGCGGCGAGAAUGGGGCGCUUUAAGAGGGGCGGAGUCCCGGAUGCGGUCGCAGCGGCGCGGGGGCUACUCGAGGACUGGAACAGCGGCAAAAUCAAGUAUUACACACUUCCGCCGGAAGAUGAGGGACAGGUUCAUGUCAGUUCGGCGUUUGUAACCGAAGUUGCAAAAGAGUUUGAUUUGGAUAGUUUAGAAACAAUGGAAGUUGACACUUUGGAUAAGAUUGAGAAGGAGGGAGCGAGCAAGGGGGCCUUUGUUUUGGAGAGUUUGGGUCCCGUUGAGAUUGUCGAAGAGAUGGAAACUGAAUCAAACUCAAAUUUGUUAAGUGAUAAAAUCAAUGUUGAAAGCAAGAAAAGUAAGAAAAAAAGUGGGAAGACUGAAGCGAAAAAAGUUGACCCGGAGAUGGAGUUAGAGGGUAAUCAGAAGUUGAAUCAAAUUAGGAAGAAUCAGUUCAAGAAAGAGAGAAAAUUGCGAAAUAGGAGGGAAAAAGUAGCACAACAAUUGGCUAGUGGUUUAGAAAAUUUUACUCUAAAGUCGGAUAAUGAUAAAGAUUAUGACUUUGAUACUGACUAUACGACGUGAAAUAACAACUGAAUAAAAUAUUGAUAAUAA